GUUUGAAGAAAUACGACCCAGAGGAUGAAGUGCUAAUUGAAUCAUACUCUCUUCAAAACGGGUAAUCUCAUAGGAAUUGCCGCAUACCUUUGCACCCAGGCGGCGAUUGCAUGCCGACUUAAUAAUCUUCAUCACUCCAAUCGCGAAUUAACAUCAGACCACCCACACAAGGAACUGCUGGUUAGUUAGUUUGUGAUUAGCAGGUAAUGCGGGCGCCCUGCAUGAAGCCGAAUACCGAUAAGGAUAAGUAUAAGUCUAAUACAGGGCCAUUUGACCGUCGCUGGCUUCCAUAUCAAUCAGUCGUGGGAGAACCGUCGAAAGAGCAGCUGGUGGAAUUUUUUGACAUUUUGGGGACACAGCAGAGAUGAAAAUCGAAUGGGCACCGCUUCGAGUUCCUCUGGAACGUCGAAUGCAGAUACUGGUCACGGCCUUCUUCACCGCCAUGCUUCUGAUUCUAUUAUCUGUUUCCUUCCUUUUAGUAGCCGGAUCACUGAUCUAUGGAGGCGUUUUGGUGCGCAGCUUGAUGGUAACAUACUUGGCCUAUGUCUUUGUGCAUCACAAGAAAACACAAUCUGUGGUGGAUGGCAAUGGCUGGAUGAUAGCCCGCACAAACCCUUUACAUCGUCACUAUCGCGAUUACUUUCCCGUGGAGCUGGUGAAAACAGCCGAACUGCCAGCUACUAAGAACUACAUCUUGGCCAGCUUUCCCCACGGAAUUCUGGGAACAGGCAUUGGCAUUAACAUGGGCUUGGAAAUCUCAAAGUGGCUGGAGCUAUUCCCCCAAGUGCGACCCAAACUGGGCACUCUUGAUCAGCAUUUCCACGUUCCCUUCAUGCGUGAGGUGCUCCGCUGCUGGGGUCUGGUGUCAGUGUCCAAGGAGGCGCUGAUCCGUAUGCUCAGCAAAUCAAAUGAUCCUAAGCACAAGGAUAACCAGGAUGGUUUUACAUCCAACGCAGUGGCCAUACUGGUUGGAGGGGCCCAGGAAGCCAUGGACUCUCAUCCUGGGCAGUACAUUUUAACCCUGAAGAAUAGAAAGGGCUUCGUGAAAAUGGCCAUUCGAACGGGUUCAUCGAUUGUUCCUUCAUUUUCCUUCGGAGAGGUAGACAUCUUCGAUCAGGUGGCGAAUCCACCCAGUUCCCUGCUCCGCCGGUUUCAGGACUUUGUAAAAAAACUGACCGGUGUUUCUCCGCUGAUUCCUGUGGGUCGCGGAUUCUUCAACUACACAUUUGGCUUCUUGCCGUUCCGACGACGCAUUGUCCAAGUUGUUGGUGCUCCAAUCGAUGUUGUGAAGAGCGACCAACCAGACUCGCAGUAUGUGGACGAAGUGCAUGGACAGGUCAUUGAGGCCGUGGAGAAGUUAUUCAAUCAGUACAAAGACAAAUAUUUGGAGAAUUCGAAGAAUGCAACUCUAGUUGUGCACUAGUUUUAAGGUGUUGUUUUAUUGUGGAUAGAGUAGUACUAUUCCAUCCACUGCUUCAAAUCAUUUUUAUACAAAUAUUCCAGGUUUUGAAUGUAAGGCCCUUUUCAAGAAAGCAAUACAGUGUAUUGAAAUAAAGACGAGCUUAUUCAUUUUA